GCCUUGUGGGCCUCAAAAAUACUGCAUGGGCCGUCUCUAUCUGAGCCCAAUACAUUAGCAAGGCCCAAUGUAUAUUACGUAAGUAAGUGAAGUGAGAAAAUGAGGUAUUCAAAUUUCAAAACUCCGAAAAUUUCCUCUUUCAGAAGCGACGCCGCCGUCGCUCGCCGCCCGGCGCAUUCCGUCUCUUUCUUCUCCCGUUGAAAUGGAAAGAAAAACUCUCUAAAAUGAAGAGGCUGAUGAAAUCUGUCCGAAGCUGGCGUCUGGAGCCUUCAAUUUGCAGCGUUUCACUGUAUUCCACCCAAACACAGACCACCUCCGCACCGCGUCUGUUUAAGAGGCUUCAGAGAUGUAACCAAGAGAGGGCUUCCGUACUACCCGUGCUCGACGAAUGGGUCGCUCAAGGUCGAAGAAUGCAUCGUCCAGAACUCGAACGAUUCAUCAAGAGCUUCAGAACAAACAAUCGAAUCAAACCCGCGCUUGAGAUUGCUGAAUGGAUGACUAGAAGCUUGGAGCAUUUCACACUUAAUCCGGCGCAUGUUGCGAUUCAGCUGGAUCUAAUUUCCAAGGUUCGUGGAGUCGAGCAAGCUGAGCACUUUUUCAAUGGCCUGGAAGAUGGUUUAAAAGAUCCUCGCGUUUAUUCAGCUCUGCUGAACUGCUAUGCUGACGCGAAAUCCCUAGAGAAAGCAGAGGCAACCAUGGAGAAGAUUAGGGAGCUCAACUAUCGUAGUAACCUGUCAUACAACACAAUGAUGAGCCUUUAUUCAAAGAUGGGGAUGCAUGACAAGGUAGAUUUGAUGAUGCAAGAGAUGGAGAGUGAGGGCAUUGAUUUCAGCAUAGUUACGUACAACAUCAGGUUGAAUAUCUACGCGGAUCAUUCUGAUUUGGAAGGAAUGGAGAAGCUCUUGAUGAAGAUGGAAGCAGAUCCUCUGGUUUCUGAUAAAUUUUGUAGUUACUGCAUAGCUGCAAAAGGAUAUAUCAAAGCCGGUGCUUUAGAGAAAGCUUUGGCUAUAGUGAAGAAAGCCGAGCUUUUGAUUAAAGGUCGUGAGAGAAGGUUUGCGUAUGGCCCUUUGAUGGGUCUUUAUGGCACUAUGCAGAAAAGGGAAGAGGUAUAUCGCGUAUGGAAUCUGCUCCGAAAAUGUGGGAAGUUACAAUAUGGAUCGUAUGCAUACGUUAUACCUACUUUGGAGAAGUUGGAUGACCUUGAUGGUGCCAAGAAGAUCUUGGAGGAGUGGGAAGAAGAGAAUGCAGGAGGCUCUGACAUUCGGGUUCCAAACUUAGUCAUCGGUGCAUACUGCAGGAAAGGUGAUGUAGGAGAGGCCGACGUUAUCCUGAAGAGGGUUGCAGAAGGUGGGAGGAAGCCCUGUUCGAAGACGUGGAGCCAUAUGGCGCUUGGAUACCUCAAAAAUGGCCGGAUGGAGGAGGCUGUGGAGAUGACGAAGAAAGCUUCUAUGGCUGCCGUUUCCGGUUGGAAACCCGACCACGCCACGGUGGCUGCCUGUGUAGAGCACUUGAAAAAGAAAGGAGAAGGAAAGGAAGCACAAGAAUUGUUGGUGUUACUUGAGAAGCAUGCAAUAUCAUGGGAUUUGAGUGAGAAUAUGAAGAUAUAGUUGAGCAAUUAAAAUGCCAAUGGUGAAACGGGAGCUCUCUUCAUCUUUGACCUGUGCUGCAGAUCCAUUAUAAGCUUGGAUUAAUAUUUUUUCAGUUUCGUUUUCAACUAACAAUGCAUUCACGUAGGAGCUCAAAGCUUUGAGACUUUUAUAUUUAUAACUAAUAGUAGGAGUUAGAAGCAAUAGCUUUAUGUGUUCAUGCUUUGAGACUUUUAUAACUAAUAGUAGGAGUUAGAAGCAAUAA